AUGUCUCGUCUGACCCUCAUCGUCGCUGCGACCAAAACCAAUGGAAUCGGCCAGAAUGGCCAGCUUCCAUGGCGCCUUCAACAGGAAAUGGCAUAUUUUGCGCGCGUCACUUCGAACGCCCCAGUCGGAACAUCGAAUGCGGUGGUGAUGGGGAGAAACACUUGGGAGAGCAUUCCAACUAGGUUCCGUCCACUCAAAAAUCGACUCAACGUUGUCAUAUCUCGCAAUGCUAGCUUUAACACCAACUCAGAGUCCACACCAAUUGAGUCCAGCUUGCAGUCGGCCAUUCGAAGAGUCGAAAGCUCUGAAAUCCAUCGAGUAUUCAUAAUUGGCGGGGUCUCUUUAUACUCAGAGUGUCUCUCUCUUCGGCUGGUCAACCGCAUCCUGCUCACACGAAUUCUGUCGCCUUCUUUCGCUGAAUGUGAUGUAUUCAUGCCCGACUUUCUAGAGGACGAUAAAGGGAGCUGGACAAAGGCAGCACAUGAUUCUCUACAAGAAUGGGUUGGAUUCGGAGUGCCAGAGGGUGUUCAGGAGGAAAAUGGCGUCCAAUAUGAGUACCAGAUGUGGGUCCGCAGUGGUUAA